UGUGUGUCUGUGGUGACGUCACAACAUGGCGCGCUACAUCCGUCGUUUCUCUCAAGGUUAUAAAAACAAUCAGCGACUCAGCAGAUACACAUUUCGUGGAUGCACCAGCUUCUCGAAUACAAACGUGAUACACGAUAGACAGAAUCGGCGUUUCACGGUCACUCUUGACUGCGACGGAGCAGAGAGCAGUGCAGAACUGAAGUACGCCGUCAGAGAUGAUCGGGUGGAGUUGAUCUCCACGGAGGUUCCUGAAACGCACCGGGGGAAAGGUGUAGCAGCUCACCUGGCAAAGGUGAAAUCCAUCUUCAGCUUCCUCUGGUGCCUCGGUUCUUAG